AUGAUAUCUCAAUUAAGUUACCUAUCUAUCUAUCUAUCUAUCUAUCUAUCUAUCUAUCUAUCUAUCGAACUACUUUUUUUCUAUAAAUAUCUAUCUAUAUAUCUAUUAAUAUAUCUAUCUAUCUAUCUAUCUAAAACCAUCUAUCUAAUCCCAUCUAUCUAUCUAUAUAAAAUCUAUCUAAUAUCUCUUCAUCUCUUAUAUAUAAAAUAUCUAUUUCAACUCAACUUUGUUAAACAGCGGCCCAGUGCCUUCUAUAACACCUUCUUCUUCUUCUUCUUCUUCUUCUUUCUCCUCCUCUUCUUUCUCUUGUCCUUCCUGCUCCCCCUCCUCCUCCUCUUCUUUUUCUUGUUUUUCUUCUUCUUUUUUCCCUCCUUCUCCUCCUCCUUCUUUUCCCUCCUCCUUGUCCUUCUUCCUUCUUCUUCUUUUCCUCCUCCUUCUUUUUCUUCCUUUAACCUCCGGAAUUCAUUUCUUUUUUUUUCUUCUUCUUCUUAUAACCUUUCUUUAUUUUUCCUUCCUGCUCCCCCUCCUCCUCCUAUCUAUUGGGAUUUUAUUCUUCUUCUUCUUCUUCUUGUAUGUCCUCCUCCUCCUCCUUUCUUUCUUCUUUUUCCUCCUCCUCUUCUUUUUUCUUCUUCUUCUUCUUUUGGUUAUAAUCCUCUUCUUUUUUUUCCUCCUUAUAUCCGCUUCUUCUUCUUCUUCUUCUUCUUCUUCUUCCUUUACAUCCUAAUUUUCUUCCUUCUUCUGCAUCCUCCUCUUCUUCCUCAUCUUCUUCCUCAUCUUCUACCUCUUUUUCUCUCUCUUCUUCCUCUUCUUCUCUCUCUUCUUCCUCAUCUUCUUCCUCUUCUUCCUCAUCUUCUUCUUCUUCCCCAUCUUCUUCUUCUUUCUCUUCCUCAUCUUCCUCUUUCUCUUCUUCCUCAUCUUCUUCUUCUUCUUCUUCUUCUUCUUCAAACUCACUCAGACUGA